ACGACCUUAAUGAUCGCUACCAGCAUGAGUAGUCACUCCUGCUGAUGGAAGACUCAGUGACUCAGUCAACUACAACAACACUAAAGUACAGCGAGGCACGUCAUGAUGGAUAUAAAUCUAAAGCUCAAGUAGGACUGUGCGUUAGCGUCGCAGCUCAGACGAGAAACGACUGACUGAACCGAUACUUCUGCUUGUAAAAUAAACUCGUGUGACCAGUGAUGUUUCCAGAACUCAACGCGGUUCUGAACUGGAGUCCGGACGACGUCACCCAGGGACAGUUCGUUUUGCUUUCCGACAGACGCAGCGAUGCUUCCUUCCUCGUCCAUCAUUUCCUCUCCUUCUACAUUAGAGGUCGCUGCCGGGUCUGUUUUCUGGGUCUGGUUCAGUCCUUCAGUCACUACAGCGCCGUCUGCCAGAGACUGGGUGUGAACCUGUCUCAGGCGAGAGAGAGGGGUCAGCUGACUUUCUUGGAGAGUCUCAAUGAAGCUUUGACUGUGCUGAGUCCCUCAGAAGGACAAAUAGGAAGUGGAUAUCUGGACUUCCUGCGAAGUCCAUCGCUGGGACUCCGUGGUCUCUUCCAGUUUAUCUGCUCCAGUCUGUCUGGUCCAGGAGCCAGCGACGGAGAGUGGGGCCCCCCGGUGCUGCUGGUGGAUGACCUCAGCGUGCUGCUAGGACUGGGAGUUGACGUAGCCGCCCUCCUGGACUUCAGCCAUUACUGCAGAGCCUCCAUAUGCUCGCAGCUUCAGGGGAAUGUGGUGAUGCUGGUGCGAUGUGAAGGACAAGAAGAAGACUACGCUGAUGAUGAAGACUCAGAAAGACUCCUGAAGGGCCUGACUCACCAGUGUGACCUCUCCAUCAAGGUCCAGGGUCUUCCCACAGGCUACUGCCGGGACAUUCACGGUCAGAUGCAGGUGAGCUGGAAGAACCGGGCUACUGGGCAGUAUAGCCACGAGAGACUCCUCCAGUACAAAGUCCAUGAUAAAGGAGCGUCUUUCUUUGCCCGCGGUACAUCCGCCGCAGUCCUCUAGAUCAGAGAUCUUCAGACCAGAACCUGCUGACCCUGCAGCUCCGUAAAGAGAUGUUAUGUGAUCUCUGUGAAGACUGUCGUUUCUGACUCGAACAAACUGUACCCCACCGAUGGAGUUUCAUGCUUCUGCCAUGGUCGUCAUUACCUUUAACCAACUUCCCUCCUCCAUCUGUGAUUCUGUUGGCUCAGAUCUGUGUGUAAACAUGAGGAUUGUGAUGUGCUUUCGAAUAAAAUUUGACUCUGA